CGGAACCUUUCUGAGUGUGUACUCUGGUGAGGGGGAACAUUUUGUGUGCAAUGUAUGCGCCAGACUGAACGGCAUGACAUGGAAAGAAUUGUCAACAGUGAAUUUGGUUGAUGAACUAUCUCAGUUUAUUUCGUGAAGCUCCCCACAUUGUACCACUCGGAUGACGAAAACACAAGAGGAAUCAGGGUUUCACUGGGCGCGGAGUGACAACUCCUUUAGCUUCAACUUUGUCAGUGAAGGAGCAUCGUCUGCAACUCCACAGCCUCAGGUCGCUGCUGCCACUACUGCUGCUACUGCCACUGCUACUGAGACAGUCCCCCAGGUGCAGGCAACAGGGUUUGCCUUCAACUUCCAAAUACCCUCUGCAUCUGCACACCGAACAGCAAUGGAAGUCGCACCCGCAGCCACACCUGACGCUAUGGAUCCGCCUCCAUCUUCCUCCUCGUCUAAGAAAAAGAAAAAGAAGAAGAAAGGAGGGGCAGCCGGCUCGGCAAACGGCGAGAAGCCAGCUGGACCUUCUCCCCCUGAAGCUCAACAGGAGAGCCCAGAAGUGACAGCAGAGCAGCAGCUAAAUCGUGAGCUGGACUGGUGUAUCGAGCAGCUGGAGCUGGGUCUGAGGACGAGGAAGACCACUCCAAAGCAGACGGAGGAGGCGGUGCGUGCCCUGAAGACCCUGCGGAGCCCCAAAGCUCCCCUGGUGAAGAAGCGUCAGGUGAUGCGCGCCGUGGGUGGAGACUACCGCAGCAAAAUGGAGCAGGAGAGAGACAAGCAGUUCAAACUCAUUCAGUCCUCAAUCAGCUCAGCACGAGUAAAAACCGUUACGGAACCAGCCAAGAAGCCUGUGUUCCACCGAAAAGCCGGACCCAAGUCCACAGAGGCCACACAGACACCCGUGGAGCAGCAGACACAGGCUGGACAGCCAUCUGACAGCACUGGGACCUCAGUCCAGGGCACGCAGGAUGGAUUCGUUUUCAAACCCUCUAACGAAGAAUUCUGCUUCAACUUCCUCUGAGAUCUCUACUGCCAGAACUAAAGCAGAAUAUCAAAGGCGCGUUCAGGCAGAGAGAAUACCUGUACAAGACAAGGGAGUAGAAUGUACUUGCUCUGGUUCAGAGAAGAAAACCUUUGACAAGAGUCUGUUUGGUUCUGAUCAAAGAUUCUAGAGUGCUACACCUGGCUUUAGAAUCUAUGGCUCAGGUUCUGUAGUCCUUGGAGACAAAAUAAAACAGAAUGCCGAUGGUUCUGAAGACAGAUGGCAUUGUUGUGCAGAAUUCUAUGGCAAUGUUCUAGAAACAACUCUUCUGGUAGUCUUAAUCAUAGACAUCAUAUAGAAUACUAGUUAUAUUAUAUAUGAUGCCUAUGGUCUUAAUUAUGUAGUUGUUGGUUAAAUGCAUUUGCAUGUGGACUGAGACUGAGACUUUUAUUUUUGUGCCUACACAGUUGGAAUAAUAAAAUGUCACUUCAAUCAC